CGCUGUUGCCGACGAUGUGCGUAUCAGCCCCGCGUACGACGCGUUAUCGUCAUUCAUCGCUAUCGAACAAUUCGAUAUCGGCUCGGCGUGUGCACAUCGUUUUAAUGUAUUAUAAUAUUAUGCUCUGUUUUUCUUUGUAUUUUUUUUUUUUUUUAACUUUCUUAUGGUCGUUUUACAAUAUAUGUUCCUCAUUUCCGACUGUUCUUAUGGCGUUUUAGCCGUUCGCGUUUUCCUCCGCAGAUCGUCUUGUACGACUCGCAAACUUAUCGGAACUCGCGAUAAAGUCUUACUCUGGUCGUUGUCCGCCGAAUCGCUUCGGAUUACCGCUUACAAUUUUUAUCGAUCGUGUGAUUUUUUUUUCCUUUUGGUUUACUCAAAACUGUUGAUCGUUUUAAAUACGCCGUCAAAGUCUACACAAACCAACUCGCUUAUUUUAUUUUCACCUUCUUUGGCGUUCCGUGUGUUGGUCGGGGAAAUAAAUUAUUGGUCCUGAAUCGUUCCAGCUAUAGACCUCAUAUUAACACCUUAGUCACGAACAUGAAUUAAGAUUAAUUAAUUUUAUUAAUUCACGGUCACGAAUAAUAAUAUUAUCUCAAUUCGUGACCUCAGUGUUUUUAGGUCUAUGGUUCCCGCGUCAAAAUUCUAUAGAUAUUACAAUAUCCGUGAUAUCGUCCAAGUGUGGUAGUAAACUGAUAAAUAAUGAUAACAGUUGACCGUGGUUUGCUGGUUUCGAUAUAAUAUUUUAAAAUUUUCUUCGUAGACUCGUAGCAUUUGGUUCUUGCUUCUUCGUUCAUAGAUUUCAUUUUAGUAUUGUAAAUUCAUACGUGAAACUUCUCGACGGGUUCGCGUUGUAAGAGUUAACGACGAUAGUCGGCAUUGGUUAUCCUCGAUUAGUAUUGAACGAGCCCGUCCCACCAUAUUAGUCGAAACCGAACAAAGUAUUACGUACGCCAAUCAUGAGCAUGACGUACCAACAAUUUGUCGAUUACGCUACGGAUUUAAAAAGUCAUUCGGACUCUAUAGACGACGGUUGGAGUUUAUGUCAAUAUCAAUGUCCUAUGAAUGAAAAUUAUAUCAAAUAUCUAGUAAAAAAGAAGAUUCAAAAAAUGAAUAAAUAUUCAUUGAAAUCUGAUCAUUCAGAUUCUCAUACAGAAAACAAUAUUCCAGUUGUAUGUGAGUAUCACAUAUUGUACAAUCCAAGCUAUUCAUGUCCAGAUGUGUUUUUUAAUAUGUGGUCUACUGAUGGAAAGUUACUUUCAUUAGAACAUGUUUGGUCACUGGUUCAUUAUUUUUUAAAAGAAAAUGUAGAACGUGACAAGUGGAAUGCUAUAACCCAAGAGAUACAUCCAUUUUUUAGUACACCAUUUUUCAGAUUACAUCCUUGUAAGAAUACUCACGUUUUGGAAAUGUUAGGGUUUUCAUCAAAAAAUAACUAUGAAUUCAAUCCUCUAAUAGCAUGGUUAAGUACUAUAAGUCCUCUCAUUGGUUUAGAGAUACAUCUAUCAUAUGGAAACAAGGACUCAAAAGUUGAAUUUACAUAAUUUGUAUUUCUCUUAUUUUUUUUUUUUAACUGUAUUUUAUAUUGUUAUUUUAAUUAUUGUUAAUGAAAUAUUAUGAAAUUGUAUUUUGUACCAAAUGAAUUAAGACUGAAUCCUGAACAUAAGUAUAAUUCAUUAUAAGAGUGCUUGCGAAAAAAGUAUUAAACGUGCACUCAAAAUAUUUGGGCUUAUGCAAUAUUACAUUACUAUUUUGAUUAUGGAUUUAAUUUUCAUUUAAUAUUAAGUUUAUUUUCCAAUAAUUAAUGACUUCUGUUAUAUAAUAUAUAUUAAUGUUUUUAUAAAGAAAUCUUUUUAUAAAUA